GGUGCCUCGGUGUCAGCCGCUCCAGGACCUUCUUCUGCCCUCGUGAGGGUGGGGAGGGGGCACCUCAGUGCCGUGCCUCUGCUUCCUACUCCGUGAUGUGAGGCGCAGGCAUGCUCAGUAGCCGGCUCCUACCCCUCCUAUCUCAGCAACAGUGUCUACAACACCGGGAGACUGCUUGCAGCCGAAACCCCGCCGAAAGCCAUCUUUGCUAGAGAGAGAGCCCUCAGGCUCCCAGAUCUCGGCAUCCGUUCCGGACGCGACAUGUCUGCUCCAGCUCCUACUCAAGGUCCCACCAGUGCUGGGGCUGCAGGUCCACCUCCUGCUCCCAGUGUGUCAAGCAACAAACGGCUACAGCAGACACAAGCCCGGGUGGAUGAGGUGGUAGACAUCAUGAGAAUGAACGUGGACAAGGUGUUAGAAAGAGACCAGAAGCUAUCAGAGCUUGACAACCGGGCAGAUGCAUUGCAAGCAGGUGCUUCACAGUUUGAAACCAGUGCAGCCAAACUGAAGAGAAAAUACUGGUGGAAAAAUUGCAAGAUGAUGAUCAUCCUUGGUGUAGUAUGCGCAGUCAUUCUCAUUAUAAUUAUAAUUUAUUUCUCCACUUGA